AUGGUGCACCUUUGCGUGGCCGGGGAGGUGGAUGGCCUGGCACCCCGCGACAGGCUAAGAGCGCAGAACGUCCGAGACUCUUUGGGUCUUUCCGUGGGCGACGCCACGACGGAUCUCCUGAACGCUCGCUACUGUCAGAAGGGUUGGCCUGACUUCGUGCGCGGCGGCCUGAAGGUGUCGCGCCCCGCCGCGCAGCGCGAGGAGCGCGUGAGGCGCAUGAAGCUGGCGCUGGCGGCCACGGAGCUCUACGGGGAGAAGCUGCCCGCGCAGAACGCCUGGUUCCAGGGCCCCUUCUACUACGAGGAGAUCGGCAUGCGGCACUUGUCGACUGAAGCGUGA